GAUUAUAUCGAGUUUUUGCAACGUGUCUCACCGAAAACGGCUGAUCAGUACGAGCAUUUAUUUGCGCAGUUCAACAUUGGAGAGGACUGUCCAGUGUUCGAUGGCAUUUACGAUUAUUGUGCCAUCUCGACGGGUGCAUCGCUUAGUGGAGUGGCACGAUUAAAUCAUGGGCUGAGUGAUAUAGCGAUAAAUUGGAGUGGUGGGUUGCACCAUGCGAAGAAACGAGAGGCAUCGGGGUUUUGUUAUGUGAAUGAUAUUGUGAUCGGUAUUUUGGAGUUAUUGAAGUACCAUCCGAGGGUGUUGUAUGUGGAUAUCGAUAUACAUCACGGGGACGGCGUACAGGUGGCUUAA